UCGAGAAACCUCCAACCCAAGCAGAGGGUGCUGCUGUUUCCCUGGUCAUGGUGCUGCUGCGCUUGGAAGUCUCCAGCGCCUCUAGGGCAGCGAAGGCCGGCCAGACACCGGGCGCAGCCUGCUGCGUGGUGGGUGCCGCCGGAAAUCUGGGCGGAUGGGACCCCAAGUGCGCGCCAGAGCUCGCCCCGAGCGGGCCGCUGUGCUGGCAGGGCGACGUGGACGCUGCCGGGGAGGAGUUCAAGAUCUGCAUCUACAACUCUUCGACCCAUGACUACACCUGGGAGGAGCAGGGACCCCUCCAUCGGCUUCCCAUGUCUGGAAGCUUGCGCGCCACCUUCGAGGACGCCGGUUCCGACGUGGCCGACGCGGCGAAGCCGGCGGCAGCGGCGAAGCCGGAAGCGGCGCGGUCCUGGCGAGUGGUGGGCGGCGGAGACAAGGGCGGCAUCGUGGUGCGCUCGGGCGUGGGGCUGAGCUCCCCGGAGGCCGCGGAGCGCUUGGCCACCGGCGCCGUGCUCCAGGAGCUGCAGCGGGUGGAGGAGCGGCUCCAGUUCCGCAAGGUCUCGGGCGAGGGGCCCGAGGAGGGCUGGGUCUCCCUGCGGCUCAAGGGGAAGGACUUGGUGGUGCCCGCUGACGCGGCCUCCGCCUCCGCUGCCACCGAGUCUCCGACGGGCUGCGUGCUGCGGGUGCGCGUGCCGCAGAGCUCCGCGCGCGCGGCGGAGGUGGGGCGCAAGGAGGGGGCGGUGUGCACGCUGGUGGGCGAAGGCCCGGCGCUGGGCGGCUGGGACCCCAAGCGCGCCCCGAAGCUGCGGCGCCGCAGCGAGGAGGAAGGCGCCACCAUUUGGGAGGGCUCCCUGGACGGCCUCGAGGUCUCUGCAGGACAGCAGUUCAAGGUCUGCAUCCUGCACGAGCCGAGCAGCUCCUACGUCUGGGAAGAGGCGGGGCCUAUGCACCAUUGGCCUUCUGCUUCGGAGACGCAGGAGUUCGAGGCCGGGGUAAGCCACGGCGGCGGUGGCGGCGGCGGGUUGCUGCCGUGGCCCCCCAGCGCGACGGCGCCGGCGCCAGCGCCGGCGACUGCCGUGCGACUGGAAGCAGGUAUCGAUCGCUGGAUUCCCUGGGGUGGCAGUGCGUGCGGGUCGCUGAAGGCGCCCCGGAGCAUCUUCCACGCCUUCCACUGGGCCUAUGCCUUGGUGACGGAGCGCCUGGCGGACAUAGCCGCCCUGGGCUUCGACGGGGUGCAGCUGAGCCCGGCGCAGAAGUCCAAGUCUGGCCAUGAGUGGUGGGCACGCUACCAGCCACAGGACUAUCUCAAGAUCGAGGGCCUCGGCUCUUUCGAAGAGCUGAAGGGCCUUUGCGCGAAGGCGAAGGAGCUGCGGCUCCUGGUCUUGGGCGAUGUGGUCUUCAACCACAUGAUAGUGGUGGCCUCCGGCCACGAGUGGAAGGCGGCGCAGAAGUCCCCGGAGCGGCUCAAGGAGCUGCAGCGGCGCUUGGUGAGUCACACGGCCAUGGAGCUCGAGGACUUCCAGUGGCCCUGGUUCGACAUGUCCGGAGAGCACUGGGACAACGAGAAUCGCUUUGAGGGCUGGGGCAACGGAGAGUGGUCGGAGCUGCGGUACUGCAAGAAGGUGGUGGACGUGCAGCAGAAGCACCUUCAGCUUCUCUUGGACGCAGGCGUGCGGGGGAUCCGCUUCGAUGCCGUGAAGCACAUACGCCCCAAGCACGUGGAGGAGCAUUUGCAGCACCUGCAGCCGCACGAGGUCUUCUCCUAUGGCGAGGUGCUGAGCGUCGACGCUGCGAUGCACCAGGAGUACAUGGAGCCUCUGAAGCUGCCCUCCACCGACUUCCCGUUGGCCGUGUUCCUGUACCGCGCGCUCUCAGAGGGCGUCAAGGCUGCGGACGAGGGUGUGCUGGGCGCCUGCAGCAAAGUAGGCCUCGCUGCAGCCCCGCCCAAAGCCGCGGCGAAGCCCGCUGAGUCCGCCGCUCUGUCCGCGGACUCCGUGCGCUUCGCGCGGAACCACGACACGGUCAUGAACCCGGGGCUCUACUACGGGCUGAACCACUCCGCCGGGGGGAGAAGCGCCUUGGUGUGGCUCUGGCUCCUCAGCGUCCACGACGGCUGCGUGCUGGUCUUCGCCGAGGACCUGCAGAAGGCCGGGCCUCUGCUCUGCCGGGGUCUACGCUUCCGCCGGGACAUGGCGAGCGCGAGCUCUUCGGAGGUCUGCCUCCGGUUUUCGGAUGAGAAGACGGCGCCGAAGCUGCUGCUGGUCAUCUUGCGCAACCCGAGUGGCGAACUGCUGGGGCUUGCAGCGGUGAACCUCAGCAAAUCCGCCCUGGAGGUGCCCUGCCUCCCGGUCAGAGGUGAGCUGUCGGAUGAGAGCGGCCGGCGCUUGCGCCUGGAGGACCAGUGCCUGAAGGACGAGACUGGCCAGGUCACGACCAUCGUCAUUCCCGGCGCCGACGCGGCGUUCCUGCGGCUCUGAGCCGGCCAACCGGAUCAGGCGAAGUACAGCCAGCCCACCUGGGGCUAAAAGGAGCUUUCCCAUGAGGGCUCCCUGAUUUCCUGUGUU